AAUUAAAAACGCAAACAGCAUUCUAAGAGUGAGUGACAGCUCUGUUAACAAUUGCGUGCUAUGUCCAAUAUUCUGUUAAUUGUGUUGAGGAAUAUGGUAUAAAAGUUCUCACCGGCCAUUUGUAUCUAUUCAGUUUUCCAGUGAUUUUCUUUACAUAAUGGAGUUUAGUAGACCAGUGGUAGUUAUUUUGUUGAUUGUACUGCUAUCUUGCCACUAUCAAGCGUUUGGUUUAAAAAUAAGGUUUGAAAGUAUUGAACAAACUCUAGGUCAGGACAUCGCGUGGACUGAUAUACGCGUCAGAAAGUAUAACCGAACAUCAACGGUUGCAAAUGGUACUGUUUACAUGUCUAAAGAGAUAACUAACGACUACGAGUAUCAGUUAGAUGUAUUCUACAGCCGGCUCGGUAAUCAACAGUUUAACCACAUGCCGAUGAAGCUUCCAACUGCGGGAUUUUGUAACUUUAUAGAUCAUAUAUAUAAAAACUAUCCCGGGUACAUGAGCUUUUUUGAGAAUGGACCACAAGAAGGUGAAUGUCCGAUCAAGGUACGAGAUGUCCACGUAUUUGAUAAAGAAUUUCCUUCCGAAGCAGUGCCGCCAUUACUUGUAAGGAAUGGUUUGUACAAAGCGUUAGUAAGUUGUGUGCUUCAUGGAACGGAGGUCUUGAGCUUUUCUAUGAUUUUAAAAGCAACUGAUAUCUGAACCGGGUGAGUCGUGUUAAUAGUUGUAAUGUUGUUGCUUUGUGUGGAAGAACAAUUCAAAAGAUGAAAGAAAAAGGGUGCAGUUGAA